UUUGUGUGUCCAUCAGGCGAGCAGCAGAGCCCAGGAUAUCUUCGAGCUUCGCCAAGAAUUUAGGAAUACCCUGCACCUGUAAAAGCUCAAUCGCGAGCGGUUCGAAGAGAAGAGCCCCCGUCAAGUUGGGAAACCCGUAGUGUCCAGGAUGGUUUACGAUAUGACGCACAUGGCGGCGGGUCCGCCGCAGAGCAUCUCCCUCAGUCGCUACUAUCUGCCCGACGAGGACGAGAUGGUGGGGCCGAACAAUCCGCACCUGGUCAGCGAGGACUAUGCGGCCAGCACGACAUUGGACAUCGACAAGCGUUUUCAGGCGCGAAUGGCCUGCGAGACGGCCGCCCAACCAGCGCCGCCUCCGCCGCCCACGCCGGCACCACGGCGUAGAACCACGCCCAUUGCCCAUUUGGAUCCCUCGGAGCUGGUGGGCUUGUCGCGGGAGGAAAGGCGUCGCCGGCGGCGGGCCACAUUGAAGUACAGGACGGCCCAUGCGACCAGGGAGAGGAUCCGUGUGGAGGCAUUCAAUGUGUCUUUUGCGGAGCUGCGCAAGCUGCUGCCCACGCUGCCGCCGGACAAGAAGCUGUCCAAGAUCGAGAUCCUCAAGCUGGCCAUCUGCUACAUUGCCUAUUUGAAUCACGUGCUGGAGACACCCUGAGACAGCGCCGGCGCCUCCAGUUUCGCCACCAGCUGCCUCUUUAACGAGGCCAAUUUCUUCGCUCCCCCGUAGGAGGUGGGGGAGCUGACCUACGACCUUUGACCUGGAUCCAGUAAAUAUCCUGAGAUCAACCAAGCAAGACCUAAGUCUUUGCCACACCAAUUUGAAGGCUUACAACCUUACAUCCAAUGUUCAAGAACUUAACCAGCGAUUGAGGAAAAGGAUCGAAACUCAGUGCUUAAAUAAUCAAGGGUCUGGAAAAGUGGUCUCUAUAAACUGACCAGUUAACCUAUAUCCUUUAACUAACCAAAAAGGUGAACACCAGAACACAGAUAUAUGUAUAUCUAAAAUCUCAUCGUUUCCCCAACGAUUUUGAUAUUUUGAAAAUGUUUGUUUUGUUUUAAACUUGAAUUGGUUUUAAAAGAAAUCCAAGUCCCUAUGACCUGCUAACCUAUGACUCAAAACAUUAACCAAAGGUUAAUAUGCUUAUUUAAAUAAUGUAGUGGUUAAGUUAACGGUAAAUUAGAUAAUUCAAAGGGGCUUGCAUAUAAAACUGUAUCCAAAAACUCUGGAGAUUUCAUGUAUCAUAUAUAUAUAUAAAAGAAAACCUAGACCAUAAUAAUAACCUUAAAUAAUAGGCAUACUAAAAUUAGCCCUAAUCGAUGCACUUUUUUUUGUCUAGCUCCUAAGCCGUGAUAUUUGUUUAUACUCCAACUAAACUGUGUGUAUAUGUUAGCCAGUCAAAGAAUAAAUAU